GGGCUCUCAGCUCUUCCAAGCUCUCGGAAUCGCGACCCCUCCCUGCCAUGUAUCCGCAAGGCAGACAUCCGGCUCCCCAUCAACCCGGGCAGCCGGGGUUUAAAUUCACUGUGGCCGAGUCCUGUGACAGGAUCAAAGACGAAUUCCAGUUCCUCCAAGCUCAGUAUCACAGUCUCAAAGUGGAAUACGACAAGCUGGCGAACGAGAAGACGGAGAUGCAGCGCCAUUAUGUGAUGUACUAUGAGAUGUCAUAUGGCCUGAAUAUUGAAAUGCAUAAGCAGACAGAGAUUGCAAAGAGACUGAACACAAUUUUAGCCCAGAUCAUGCCUUUCUUGUCACAAGAGCAUCAGCAGCAAGUGGCGCAGGCCGUGGAACGCGCCAAGCAGGUCACCAUGACGGAGCUGAACGCCAUCAUCGGGGUACGUGGACUCCCCAAUCUGCCUCUCACCCAGCAGCAACUCCAGGCACAACACCUCUCCCAUGCCACACAUGGUCCCCCGGUCCAGCUGCCACCCCACCCGUCAGGCCUCCAACCUCCUGGGAUUCCCCCAGUGACAGGAAGCAGCUCUGGGCUGCUGGCACUUGGUGCCCUGGGCAGCCAAGCCCACUUGGCAGUGAAGGAUGAGAAGAACCACCAUGAACUGGAUCACAGAGAGAGAGAGUCCAGUGCGAACAAUUCGGUGUCACCGUCAGAAAGCCUGCGGGCCAGUGAGAAGCACCGGGGAUCUGCCGACUACAGCAUGGAAGCCAAGAAGCGGAAAGCGGAGGAGAAAGAUAGCCUGAGCCGAUACGACAGUGACGGUGACAAGAGUGACGACCUGGUGGUGGACGUCUCCAAUGAGGACCCAGCGACGCCUCGGGUGAGCCCAGCACACUCCCCUCCUGAAAAUGGGCUGGACAAAGCUCGCCUGAAGAAAGAUGCCCCUACCAGCCCGGCCUCGGUGGCUUCUUCCAGUAGCACGCCCUCCUCCAAGACCAAAGACCUUGGUCAUAAUGACAAAUCUUCUACACCUGGGCUCAAAUCCAACACACCAACACCAAGGAAUGAUGCCCCAACUCCAGGCACCAGCACAACCCCAGGGCUCCGGUCAAUGCCGGGCAAACCUCCGGGCAUGGACCCGAUAGGUAUAAUGGCCUCCGCCCUGCGCACACCCAUCUCCCUCACCAGCUCCUAUGCAGCACCCUUUGCCAUGAUGAGCCAUCACGAGAUGAAUGGCUCCCUCACCAGCCCAAGCGCUUAUGCCGGCCUACACAACAUCCCACCCCAGAUGAGUGCCGCCGCCGCCGCUGCAGCCGCCGCCUAUGGCCGAUCGCCAAUGGUGAGCUUUGGAGCUGUUGGUUUUGACCCUCACCCCCCUAUGCGGGCCACGGGCUUGCCCUCAAGUCUCGCCUCCAUUCCUGGAGGGAAACCGGCGUACUCCUUCCAUGUGAGCGCUGAUGGGCAGAUGCAGCCUGUGCCCUUCCCUCAUGAUGCACUAGCAGGCCCUGGAAUUCCCAGGCAUGCCCGGCAGAUCAACACGCUCAGUCACGGGGAGGUGGUGUGUGCUGUGACCAUCAGCAACCCCACCCGGCACGUCUACACAGGUGGCAAGGGCUGCGUGAAGAUAUGGGACAUCAGCCAGCCAGGCAGCAAGAGUCCCAUCUCCCAGCUGGACUGCUUGAACAGGGAUAACUACAUCCGCUCGUGCAAGCUUCUCCCUGAUGGGCGCACGCUCAUUGUAGGUGGUGAGGCCAGCACGCUCACCAUCUGGGACCUGGCCUCGCCCACUCCCCGCAUCAAGGCUGAGCUGACUUCCUCAGCUCCAGCCUGUUAUGCCCUGGCCAUCAGUCCUGAUGCCAAAGUGUGUUUCUCCUGCUGCAGUGAUGGGAACAUUGCAGUGUGGGACCUGCACAACCAGACCCUGGUCAGGCAGUUCCAGGGCCACACGGAUGGGGCCAGCUGUAUAGACAUCUCUCAUGAUGGCACUAAGCUAUGGACGGGAGGCCUGGACAAUACUGUGCGCUCCUGGGACCUGCGUGAGGGGCGGCAGCUUCAGCAACAUGAUUUCACCUCCCAGAUCUUCUCCCUGGGCUACUGCCCCACGGGGGAGUGGCUGGCCGUGGGCAUGGAGAGCAGCAAUGUGGAGGUCCUGCACCACACCAAGCCGGAUAAGUACCAGCUGCACCUGCAUGAGAGCUGCGUGCUGUCCCUCAAAUUUGCCUACUGUGGCAAGUGGUUUGUGAGCACUGGGAAAGACAACCUUCUCAAUGCCUGGAGGACGCCCUAUGGAGCCAGCAUCUUCCAGUCUAAGGAAUCCUCAUCUGUCUUGAGCUGUGACAUUUCAGCGGAUGACAAAUACAUUGUAACAGGCUCUGGUGACAAGAAGGCCACAGUUUACGAGGUCAUCUACUGAACAAGGACUCUAACAGGCCUGUCAAACUCUGGGAGACACCCACGCAGCCCUGAUGGGGAGACGCUGGCCAGGCCCCCCGAGGAUGGCAGUGGAAUGGGGGAGCAGCAGUGUGGAGCUGCACUCCAGAAGCCGGAGAGGACCCACGCCCCUUUGUGGAUUGAUGUGUCUGACAGACUCGACGGGCUUUCUCUUCCCCCCCUUACCAGUGCUGGCAGAUACUUCAGACAGAUUUAUCUGGAGGCUUCUGCUUCCAUUCCCCGCCCCCACAGAUACCCUCAUGAGUCUGUCUCUUCGUCCCCUUUCUGACCUGUCCCCUCCCUGCUCUGGGGUGGGGGACACUGGAGUAGACCACAUUGUUGUUCUGGGGAGGGGUGCCUCGUUUUCUGGUUGUGCAGUGCACGAGGUUUAUGAACAGUGUAAAUAAGAGACUGUGGUUGCUGACCGGCCAGCAAGGGAGGAGGCCCCUUCCCACCGAUGCUCGCCGUGUAUUUUGCCUGCUGUAUUUGUAAUCCACUCAUGGUGGUGGCUUUUCUUUCUUCUUUUUUACUUUAUUUUAUUUUUUAAAAAAUGUUCCUGUGGGGAAGGUAGGCAGAAAGAGAAAGUGGAGUAGGGGGAAUUCCUGGGGAUGGCCAGAUCAGCCUGGCCUACUGGGAAUACCUCCACACGGGUUUUACCACCAGUCAGGGCACGUAAGGAUAGAGCGAUAGGCAGAUGGACAAGCAAACUCAGUACUGGGAUGGGCCAGCCUGGGCUAUCAUCCACAGGAACAGCGAGGAUUUCCUGUGGAUUCCUCUUCCCUUGCCUUCUUCCCAUCUCUCUUUCUGUCCCCCCGGGCCCCGUCUUUCUCUUUGGGGCACACUCAAUCAUUGUGAAGAAGAAUGGAAGUUGAGGGGACUCCCUCUCGGACUUCUCCAGGGCAGCCUAGAAAGGAUUCCAUAUGGGGGGGCUUGGGGGACACAGCGACUCAGCUCAGGGAGCUACCAGAGAAAAACAGCAACUGGUGUGGGUGCUUUUUUUUUUUUUAAUUUGAAUAAAAAGAAUUAGAAGUGAUAUCCUUUCAUAAGAUGCCUUCUCCCCUUUCCUGCUUUUUGCCCUUUCUACUCCCUGAAGGGGUGAAGCGGGAACCCCCAGGUCUGUGAGUCUGAGAAGAUGGGUUCUCUUCCCACUCCUGGGCGGGGCUGAGGGCCACAGCCUGGCGCACUGUGCUAACCUGCAGCUGUCAUAGGCUUGGGCAGAUGGACUGUCAUCCGCAGGUAUUGCCCCUUGGGUACCAAUGUUUGUGGUAUUAGGUUUGUUUUGUUUGUUUUGGUCUUUUGUUGUUUUAUUAAAGAAAAGCUAAAGACCGUGUGAGCUCUGCUGGUGGGCUCUCCAUGGAUGUAGCAUAUGGAAGAGUUUUUAUAUUGCAUUUUUAUGGAUUAUUUUAUAAUGUGGGACUCGGUGUAGGAAGGAAGCGCGCCUGUGAAACCUGCCCACCUCCAGUGUUCCAGCUGAGUGGCUGUCCCCCAACAGGAUGGGUGUUGGGACAUGGAAAGGCCAUGGCACCCUGCACCUUCCUGAGAGAGGUGUGUCGUGCCUGUCUGGAGUCUGCCCAUAUGUCUCUGGGUUUCAGAUGGUCACUGGCCACCACUUGGUAAGGUUCUAGCCAGGAGGGGGAGGGUGGAAGAGAGUUAUUCCUGAAGAAAAAAGAAAAUUGAAAAGUCAUUGUAAUGAGCUGUUUUUAUAUUUUUAAAAG